AUGACCUACAGGUAUCUCGGUCUGCAACUGGAUGAUAGGUUGGACUGGUCAGCCAACACAGACAUCCUGUACAGGAAGGGGCAAAGCCGGCUCUACUUCCUGAGGAGGCUGAGGGGCGGAAGCCUGAAAAAGAGAGAUGAGAUGCGACUGGACAAGCUGGUCAGGCAAGUGGCGUCAGUGGUCGGUGUGGAACUGGACUCUGUGGAAGAGAAGGAAGGGGACGAAGCUGAGGAGCAGGAGGAAGAGCAGCAGGUGAUGGAACCAUGGACGGGUUCAGCUAACGGGAGAGCGUGCACGUGUGAUUGUGAAGCGGAGUCUGUGCCCAGCAAGCCCACCAUAACCUCACCUCUAGACACCACCUCCGUCCCCCCAUCACCUGCCUACAGUCGCCUCAUGGACUGCAUGCCAGAAUGCCCUUACCACAAGCCCCUGGGCUUCGAGUCUGGCUUGGUGACUUCAGACCAGAUCGCCUGCUCUAAUCAGGAACAGUAUGUGGGCUGGUUCUCUGCCUGGACGCCUGGCAAAGCCCGUCUGAACAGCCAGGGAUACGGCUGUGCAUGGCUGUCUAAGUUCCAGGACACUAACCAGUGGCUGCAGAUUGACCUGCUGGAGGUGCGAGUGGUCUCAGGGAUUCUCACGCAGGGCCGCUGUGAUGCAGAUGAGUGGAUGACCAAGUACAGCCUGCAGUACCGCACCUUUGAGCACCUCAACUGGAUCUACUACAAAGACCAGACAGGAAACAACAGGGUGUUCUAUGGGAACUCUGACCGCUCCUCCAUGGUGCAGAACCUGCUGCGGCCACCCAUCGUGGCACGCUACAUCCGCCUGCUGCCUCUGGGAUGGCACACGCGCAUCGCCAUCCGCAUGGAGGUGCUCACGUGCAUGAACAAAUGCACCUGA